UCGUGUAAAAGGAGGUGAUGAGAGGAAUCUGAGCCUUUCAUUGUGAAGCCUGAGUCACCAAGAGCCAGGAAGCAAGGAUACAGGCAACACAGCUUUGAGAAAAGCUACACUUGCCGCAACAACACUAAAGAGAGAUAAAUCCCAGCAACAUAUGACAUUUGAAACUUGAAAGAAUAGUGCCAAUGACCCGGAAGUCUCGCGAGAGUUGAUAGCUGGCGAGAACAUGUUGCAUCUCCCCGGGAAGAGAAACAAUUCAAGUUAGCGAACCUGCAAACCUGCACAAACUAUCCCGUUAAGUUCGGUAUUACUUUGUGUUAUUGAACUUAAUGUAUCUGUGGAGUAUCUCCGGGUUCAGGGGGAUGUGUAGCUGCUCGUUAAAGCUCGACUCCAAAUCUCCAGCCUUUGAAAUGAACGGAUGCUAACGGGAGCUAGCUUGCUGGUUAGUCGACAUCAGCAGCUGUUUGGAAUCUUUUGGGUUUUUAUUUAGGAAGAAAAUGUUUCCGGAGCAGAGGAGAAGCUGGAUACUGACAAGCGCUACGGUCGCUUGUGUCAUCGCACUGUAUGUACCCUGUGUGCAGAAGACUGUUCCCGGUGGAGACUCAGGAGAGCUGAUCACCACUGCUUGUGAGCUGGGGGUAGCCCAUCCUCCAGGUUACCCAAUCUUCACCUUACUAGCUCGUCUGGCUAUGCUGCUCCUGCCCUCCCUCUCUCCAGCCCACAGUGUCAACCUGAUGAGCAGUCUGCUGGGGGCUGCAGCCAGCGGUGCACUCUGCAUUUCAGUCUGCAGGUUGGCAGGUCCUGGUCCUGGAGCCGUGCUGGCUGGAGGCCUCUUCGCCGUCUCCCGCCUGAGCUGGCAGUGGUCGGUGGUGGCGGAGGUCUUCACCCUCAACAACUUUUUCGUCGGUCUGCUCUUUUUCUUGACCGUCAGCUUCCAAUGUGCAGAAAACGCCACAGACAGGAGGAAGAUGGCACAUUGGGGAGCGCUGUGCUGUGGCUUGGGGCUCUGCAACCAGCACACCUUGGUGCUGUACGUGCUGGUCAUCAUUCCAUGGGUCUUUUACAGACUGUAUUCCCACAAGGAGCUGUAUUUCCGUGUCCUCGUGUCUCUGGGAGCGUGUUUCCUCGCGGGGUUUCUACCGUACAUCUACCUGCCUGUCUCCUCCUACUUGAACACAGCGCGUUGGAGCUGGGGUGAUCAAACCACGCUGUUUGGCCUGCUGACCCAUCUGCUGAGGGCUGAGUACGGCACCUUCAGUCUGGCGAAGACGGAGAGCUCUGUAAACCUGACCUCUAUGCUGAUGGCUCAGUUGGACCACUGCCUGGCGGACCUUUCGCUUCCUGUUCUGGCUCUGGCAGGAACAGGCUUCCUCCUCUCCUCACGGGACAGGAUGUGUCGCUCUGUGGUCUGGCUGCUGACUGCCAUGCUGGUGUUGUACUCACUGUUUUUCGCUUGGAGAGCCAACCUAGACAUCAGCAGACCAUUACUACUCGGAGUGGUUGAGCGUUUCUGGCUCCAGAGCGAUGCUGCAGUGUGUGUGCUGGCAGGCCUCGGCUUGAGCCGGACACACACGGAGCUGGAGAGGAGGCUAGGCUGUGGGGGGCUGUGGAAGACCACAGGCUGGGUCCUCACUCUGGGUCUGCUGGCACAUAUGGUGCACACCAAUCACAGGGAGUGUGAUCAGAGCGGAAACAGCGUGGUGGAGAGGUUCGGCAGGGAGCUUCUGGCCUCCGCACCAAACGACUCGAUCAUCCUAACCAGAGGAGAUCUGCCUGGAAACUCAAUGCGCUACUUAUACUACUGCGAGGGGGUUCGACCUGAUGUACGCCUGGUGGACCAGGAGAUGAUGACAUACAGUUGGUACGUAGCCAAGCUGGCGCAGCACCACCCAGGGGUUCACUUCCCCGGCCGCUUGUGGGACCCCGUCCACCCUGAGGAGAAAGAUACCUUCAGCCUGGAGCAGUUUCUGUUGCACAACACAGAGAGGAGUGUGGUCGCCUGCAUCGGGCUGCCUGAAGGAGACCGCAGCUGGGAGCAGAGCUUCUCCCGAUGGCCUUGGGGUGUGUGUGACAUCUUGGUGCCUGCUCAGAGGCAGUUCCACCCUGAAAGGUGGGCCCAGUGGACACGCAACAUGUACAACUGGACGGAGCUGCACGACAGUUUCCAUCCUGCGACCUGGGAGCAUGUUGCUAAUGAGGAGAUGUGGCAAGCCAGGAUGAAGACGGCUUUCUUUCUGUUUGACCUGGCAGAAAGGAUGCAGGGAGAGGGGAGCGCUCGCCUCUUUGAGCUGUCUUACACUCUGUAUAAGGAGAUUGUAGAGGCCCACUCAGACUACCCUCCUAACUGGGACAAGAACUUGGCACUGGCCAGCGAGAGGCUGCUCCGCUCUGGUCAACAGGGGCACAGUCCAGACAGCCUGCUGACCUGCAGCACCAAGCACUUUAGUCUGUACUUAGAGAAGGACCCCACGGAUCCCCAGGCGCCCGCAGUACGCUCAGCCAUUACUCACCUGCUGCAAGAGAGGGACAGACUCCGCCAGAGAAAGAGGCCAACCCCGUAACAGGAUCCAGGGAGACCUUUACAGAGCUGAAACACUGAGAGAGUGAGCCCAGCGGAAGAGCUGCACACUGGAGAUGAGUCUCCUCAGUGUUAAUGUGGCUGUCCAGAGUUUUGCUGAUGUUUUGUGUACAUGGAUGAGGUCAAAUACAACAUAUGAGUUGCUGUUUAAGAAGAAUGCUGAUGCAGAAUAGCUGGUCUACAGAAAUCAAAACAGAACUCUGCAACAAGGACGCAGAACUUCCCCUCGGCCUCGCUUCAUUCUGUGAAGUUUGACCUGGAACAGAGCUUGACUUGAGGAGGCCUUGACUGACCCCAAUCAAGCGAUGCGUGCUCCCCUUAAACUCACGCAUUCGAUUGCUUUAUCGUUACAUCGCACUCCCUCUUCCUCUCUUCUUCUGCUCUCACAGCUUUUAACGUGCUGAUUAUUUUGCCUCAGCCUCUGCUCUAGUUCUCUUUUUCUCACAUUAGGAUGGCAAGGCCGAGAUUGAGGGAAAACCAAUUUGGGGGCAGAAAUGGGGGAUUAGAGCGGCUGUUUAAUCUAGGACAGACUUGUGCUAUGCCACACAGUCCCCACUCCGCAUAACCAGCCCCACCCACCCACCCACCCACCCCUCUAUCCUUCCAUCAGUCCAUCUUAGAUGGUCCUUUAAAUGUUUAAAACUAAUGGAUUCGAUGAGUGUUUUUUUCCCUCUCUUCCUUCGUAACGGGAGGGCUGUAAUCCUUCAUGGAUUUAAAUGAAAUGUGAAAUGUCACAAUGCCAGAGACCCUUUUAGAGGUGCGUUUUUGUGUGUGUUGAUUUGUGUUUGCAUGUGGACAUGUAUGUGUGUGUGUGUGUGUUUGUGUGUGAGAGAACAUGCUUAAAUCUCCACCCAAGCCUUUUCACUGCCUGAACCGCGUAUAAGCAUAGUCGAUAAACAGAUCGGCACACUGAAAAGCAAAGAGCUUUGAUCGUCAUAGAGGCACAAAGUCAUGCAAACUCCAGGGACAAACGGAGACACGCAAGACCAUGCGCUUCCCAGCUCGCAGGAAAAUGGACUUUUAUCCCUGUGAGGGUUACUGAAGAGACAACGUGGCAUGCAAACACUGCGAACAGACCAGAGUCACCCGUCUUUGACGUGCUCUCAGGGUCCGAAACCUCAAUUACAGACUGUUUCUGUAAAUACUUGUGAUGAUGUUAAUGAACCUACUGCCAUGGAAGCUGUUAUGCGGAGGUCAAAGCAGUGUAUGGCCAUAAGCUUUCUAAAACUCAGCUGGAGGAGCCUGCUGUUUGAGAUACUACUAGAAAGCGAAGGACAGUUUGUGCACGUGUAGUUUUCCCAGAAUGUAAUCUGCCCUCUCUGUUCGCAGGAAUGGUUAGCGGCUGUCAGCUGGCUGGAUGAUGAGAUUCGACCUGCUGUAGCACAGAUGGUUUGGUUUCUCAUAAAAAGGGAAAACUGUCACUCUGCUUUAUACUGAUAAAACUAUUUCAAUAAAGAUGUUUAUUUUGAUGUA